ACGGGGGGCAGUGAGCCGCGCCGCCCGGGGUAGGGGGCGGGCAUCGCUACAGUUGCGAGUCGGAGUGUACCUACUGCGGACGUGAAGAUCAUGGAGAGUCGGAUCACACCGGGUCCGUACAGAGCCACCAAGCUGUGGAAUGAGAUUAUUGAGCUUUUUCGAGCUGGAAUGCCUCUGAAGAAGCAUCGUCUUCACUUCCGCACUUAUGAUCGCUGUUUUACUGCUGCACAAGGAAUUGAUUGGUUACAUGAAUUACUUAGAAGUAAUCACAAUUUUGGACCUGAAGUUACUCGUUACCAGACUGUACAAUUGCUCAAAAAAUUCCUAAAAAAUCAUGUUAUUGAAGAUAUAAAAGGAAGGUGGGGAAAAGAAGAUUUUGAAGAUAAUAACCGAUUGUACAGAUUUCCUCAUUCGUCUCCUUUGAAGCCAUAUCCCAAAAAAUCACGUUAUUUAAAUUCCAAAUUUUCAAAUUGGAGUGACUAUGAUGUUCCAAAGCCAGGUCCAGUCUUAGUAAGGCCUAUAAUUCUGAAUUCUGAACUGUGGCACAAGCGCCAUAGUAUUGCAAUAGGGGAAGUAGCAGAAUGCAGAAUUGUUCAUCGGGAAGAGGUGUCCCAGGCGACCGUGGAAGGGAUCUGGAAAUCAAUGACACUCGCACAUUUGCAGAAAAUCUUAGGGCUGGCUUCUCUGGAAGGUGUGUUGGAUCCUAAACACCUCAAUCCUAAGUACAUCAUCUAUAAUGUUCAUCAUGUUAAUAAGCAAGGAGUGGUGUUUCUAGAGAAUAAAUUGGAUGAGCUUCCACAUUGGGUUCUGUCAGCUAUGAGGUGUCUGGCAAACUGGCCAAACGGAAGUGAAUUGAAUCAACCAAUGUAUCCAGGGUUUGAAAGAGAUGUAUUCAAAACAAUAGCAGACUAUUUUCAUAAACCAAAGGAGCCCUUGUUGACCUUUGAGUUCUAUGAACUUUUUAUUAACACUUUAGGUCUUCUGCAGCAACAGCGAAUUGGUAUUGAAGCACUUCAAGUUUGCUGUCUUCUUUUGCCCCCUGAAAAUCGGAGAAGACUUCAACUGUUAAUACGGAUGAUGGCACGAAUUGCUCUUAAUGUUGAAAUGCCCCCUCUUCAUGAUGCUAUAGCAAGCAGAACACUGAUGAUUCAAACCUUCUCUCGCUGUAUCCUGUGUUCAGAGGAUGAAGUGGAUCUUGAUGAAUUAUUUGCUACAAGACUAGUUAGUUUUAUGAUGGAUCAUUACCAGGAUUUUCUGGGAGUUCCUGAACACCUGCAGAGUGCUGUAGAGGAACACUUGGCUCACCUCCGAAGAGUUCAGAUAAAGUAUGCAGGUGCUGAUGCCGAUGCUACACCAUCUUCCUGCACUUUUUGCCAUCCGAUUCGUUCUGAAGAUUUUAAAGAACCGCAGAGGAACAUUCAAACUGCUUUAACAGCACAGCUGGAAGAAAUGAUAAUUGAUAAAAGCAUGUCUUUUAAAGUGAAAAAGAAGAAAUUAAAACAGUUUCAGAAAACCUAUCCUGAAAUUUAUAAAAAUCGUUUUCCAACAACGGAGAGUGAAACGAUGCUUUUCCCUGAAAAAUCAAAGCUAAAAACUCAACUGAUGUUCUUCACGAUGAAGAAGUCAUUCCAACCAUUUCCUAGAACCCGGAGUUUCCGGAUGUGAUCAUCAUUUCUCACUGGUGCUACUGUUAUCAUGAGGAUUUCCAGAUUAAUAUCCUCGUGUUUUCUCUGGAAUUCGGGCAUAGUAGCUAAGAAUAUUUUUGUAUAACUUCUGUUGUUUGUAGUAGAAUUUUCUAGAUUAUGUUGUAAUGUAAAACUGAUUCUAAAAUUUGGAAGACAUUUAUUCUACAUAUAUUUCCAAUGAAUGAAUUUAUAAAGUUUCAAUUUGAUAUCUGAGUGUUCAUGUUGGACACUAUUAUUUAAAUAGGUAUUGUGCAUUUAGUAUUGAUAAUGUUGGCACACUUUGAACACCACUUUCAGUGUUAAUUUUUAUGUUUGCUUCAAUGGAAUUGGAAAAUUACAGGUAAGUCACCUCUUUAGGUGCACAGUUACAAGUAUUUUUGGUAUAGGAUUGGCAAUCUAGAGGAUGAAUUGUAAAUGUGAGUUUGAGAAUUUGGUAAUUUGACUGAUACAAGAAUAUUUUAUAUGAGAAGUAUCGGAUUGCCAUUUCCUCAGCUUAUUUUUCACUAACAGUCCUUAGGGAAGAGAACCUCGUUGCUGUGAUUCCAGUUUAUUGGAAAUUGGGUAGUUGAUUCAGUACGUUCAGCUAAAGAUGGCAAUAAAUGUUGCCUUGCAAGCAUUGCAGGAUUUAAAAAUAAAAUUCAUGCAAAUUUACUUUUGCAAUAUUUGCUGAAAUUGAUGAAUAUUUUCAUUGUGGAUUCAAAGCAUUCUCUGUGAUUGUUACUUGUGCAUUAGCUUUCACUGGAAUUAUAUCAGUAAUCUUAGCUCUGUUGAAAGUAGAUUGAUUUGAAUGAAUUACUUAUCCUUCUGGUCCUAUUACAUACCUGGGAUAGUUUCCACUCUUCUGUUAAGGAAAUCAAUUACUUAAACACAAGCAAUCAUGGUUUUGAGCUAUUAACAGUAAAUUACUCAAAUUAACUGCAAAGACUGCUCCUAAUCUGUGAAACAGCAAAGGUAAAAUACAGUGGAUGCUGUAAAUCUGAAACAAAGACUCAAGAUCCUGGGAAAUUAUUUAGAAAGCAUCUGCAAAAUGAAAUGAAAUAAAUGUUUGGUUCAAUGAACAUUUCAUCUGAACUAUUUUGAUGAAACGUCCUUGUGCAGUUGUUCUUCAUCAUUUGACUACAAUGUAGUCAAUGCUGAGUGAAUUGACAUUUAAAUCCUUACCUUUGCUUUCCUCCUUUGGUGAAGCAUCUACUUUACAUAGUAUGAUGCUGAAAAUUUCUCAAGUAUGCAAUCUACAGUAUUAAAAGAGCUACUGAGAGUGUUGCAGUGCACCACUGUGCUGUGCCAUUUGAUCUUCUUAUUGUUCUAUUUGUUUAACUUGGUAAAGAGAGUAGAAAAUAUUGAAGAUCUGACAGCAGUAUACCAAUGUUGGUACAGUGGUAGAAAUAAUGGCAAGACCACUGAUUAUCUUUAUUUACAUAGACUUUGGACAGCAACUUCAGAUGAUCAGAUAUGAGUGGUUAAACUGAUACUUCUCUAAGGUGGUGUCAUAUUGCUUUCCACUCAGAAAAAUUGAUUGCCCUGCCAUUGUUGUAUUUGCCUCACAAAUAGAGGGGCACAGCAUGGAAACAGCCCUACAACCACUAAGUUCAUGCAAAAUGUGAACUAAAUUUAACUGGAGAAGUUUGAAUUGGUCUUUUUUUUCAUUCUGAAUUCUGGAAUGAACAUUAAUGUAGGCAUGCAGGCUUGUUACUUUAGAAUUGCUUUUGGAAACUUAAAGUAAAUUAUUAUAAGUUUCUGUCUCUUUUUAACCUCUCCUAAAUUCAAUCCCUUCCAUAACUUGGUACAAGUAAUCCCAUGAAUUCAAUAUUUUAAUGGCUCUUUCAUUUCUGUGUUAAUCACUAGCAGUUCCUCAACCUAUCAAGUGAUAAAACACAUUUUAAAAUUUUGAUUCUGAUUCAAGGCACCAAAUACUUGAAAAGUGCUGCAAGUGAAAUCUGCCUCAAUAUAUAUUUUCCCUGCCUCUUUGUUAUAGGAAUCUGUAUGUGACAAUGCACUGACAGUGUCCAAAAGGUUUGGUCCUACACUGGGAGAUUCAUGCAGAGUAACUGAAACCUAAAAUCAUUACAAUACAAAUGAAAUUCUGUAUAGGAAAAAAAAAACCAGGUAAAAAAUUACCAAUUGAGUGCACAGACUUUGGUAAGUUUUGCACAGUUGGUAAAAGUUAUUACAUAUGAAUAACUUUCCAUGGUUUGAUCUGAUUUGGUAAACACUGUAUAUUGAAAGCUGCUGUUUAAGUCCUUCGUCUACUGUCAUAGGUCAAUCACUGAAAAUAUUAUAUUGUUACAUUCCUUUUUUUGUUACAUUUUGUACAAAUGCAUCCAUUGUUUUAUUGUUACUUCAAAGCUUACAUGAGAUUGUCCUCUAGGUUAUUUAUCCAUUUUUGUAAAUUGCAAAUAUGUACUUUUUUCCUUGAACUGUGCUUUAGCCAUGAGAUGGCAUAGCAACUUCCUUCCAGUCUUCAGACAAUGUUCUCUGCUGCUGCCGGUCAGCGUGAAACCGUUUCUACUUUAAGCAAAAUGUUGUUUUUAAAAAUGAAAAAAAAAUCUUUCUGUUGGGAAUAUCUUCUUUGGAGUGUGAAAAUUUACUUGUUUUUUACUACUUGCUAAGUGUAAUCUGUUAAAAUUCAAUACAUUAUAAAAAGUAUGUGGUGCAAAAUGGUGUACUGUAACUAUUGUUGCUUUUGAGUUUUUUAAACUACUGAAACCUAUGUAAC